CCUCGAGGCACCUUGGCUGCCACCCUCUGCCACCGAACUUAAGAAACCGUAAGUGACGGAGCACGUGACGCUUCGCGCUACUUAAGUACUGCCAGCUGCCUUGCACACUGUUUCUACGCCAGCCAUUUCUUUCUUUCUCCCAUAGGACUUUUUUCUUGGUCAUUCAAGCAGGGUGCGUUUCAGUUUCGUGUUUUCUCGCUCCCGUGUCGCCUGUCGUCACUCAAACCGAGCCGCUGCUUCGCUUAGAUGGAGAACAUGGAAGUAGAUUCUGUUAUGCAAGGCGCUAGCUCGCCGAUACAGCAGGUCCAGGAGGGACCCAGCCAGGCAUCUACUGGAGCGCCUGCACCACCAACGUUAGGGCUACCUCGUGAAAACUUCCGUGACAUACAGGUCAAGGUCCACAUUCGAAGGCCUGAGCGAGAUUCUUGGGUGUAUCUGGGACGAGGCAUUGUGUCGCAAGAGGUGGUUGGGCAUUCGUCAAGGAUAGUCGUUCGAAACCUCUCCUCCAACAAGGUCAUCACCUCAUUUGGCGAGGGUACGGACCUUCAGGCAGAAAGGAGAGGUAACUUCGUGGUCAUUGGUUGCGUCGAGGGUUCGCGUGUCGUUUCUUGGUCAUUGAACGCAUUGAAUAACUCUGAUACGCUGCGACUGAUUGCGAGCAUCGAGCUCGCCUGCUACAAGAGCAAGCAGGCUCUGACAGACCCUCGGCUACAUUCCAAGACCCGCCGCAGAAUAGAGCGCAUUAUCAAGGAUGACAGGCGCAAGCGUCAUCGUAGGCGGAAGGACCAAGAGGCACUCGUUGAUGCUUUUGCGAAGCAGAACCUCAGCAACGAGCCUAUGAGCAUGAGUGCCGAUGGAGAUCAGCCAUAAUUGCAGGCAGCUCGCGUUCAUCUUGAAUAUAAGCGGCUUCCUUGUCAAGUUGUACUCAUAUUAGACACUGCUACUUCCACCCAUAUUGAUUGCACGCGUGUAUUUUCGUAUAUCACUUACAUACAUUUCACCCCGCUUGACCGCCGUUUUCACUGGAAUAUAACGACUUAUAUUCAGCUUUCCGGCCUCGCCGCCUGAGAGUCUUCGUGAGGUAGUGAAAGGUUCUGGUUUUAUGCAUACGGCAAGGCAGCUGAGCUCAGCCUCAUAGAACACUGUCGAUCCAGCUCUCCAGGCAGUCGCGUUUCCGCUCUUUUUGCGACGAACUUCGUGUGAUCAACUUAUUUCGACUAUAUUCUAUGAACUGUCCACUGAGCGAACGAGGUGAGCAUGUUACAGGUAUGACUGGCUAGGUGUUACUCAACGAAAUCAUA